UUCCAAUUGCCUCUCCCUUUUUUAGACCUGAGCGUCUCUGCCACAAUGAGGCUCCUCGGCAAGCUCCCAACCGCUGCGCUUGCACUGCUUAGCACCACAUCAACAGCGACGGCUCAGAAAGUUCUGGACUUGAGCACGGCUAAAUGGACGCUCUCGAAUCCCAUUUACAAUAUCUCUGUCCCCGGAUCUGUACCGUCGCAAGCGCAUCUAGACUUGUACAGCGCGGGCGUAAUUCCUGACCCGUAUUACGGACUGGGAGAUUUUGACCUGAGAUGGGUAGCGGAGACAAAUUGGACGUACAGCACGGUGCUAGAUGGACUAGACACCACAAGUGGAACUUCCACAUGGCUACUCUUCAACGGGUUGGACACUUUCGCCUCAAUCGAGGUGUGCGGACAACAAGUUGCCUCCACCAACAAUCAAUUCCGUCAAUAUUACUUUGAAGUCUCCAGCAUCUUGAGCUCCUGUUCAACGCCAACGCUGAGCAUCAACUUCGGUUCUGCAGUUAACAUCACCGCUGAUAUCGCAAACGAGCCUGACCAGGAGACAUGGCCUUAUGGAGUGGAGCAGGUUUACGAAUUCCCCAAUAGGCAGUUCAUGAGAAAAGAGCAGAGCGACUUUGGAUGGGAUUGGGGUCCAGCCUUUGCCCCUGCUGGGAUCUGGCAACCAGCCUAUGUAAUCCAGCUCCCUGCUUCUGGAAUCUAUAUUCGAAAUUCUCUAUUGGAUAUUUACAGGCAGGGGCAAUUGAACAACCUUCCUCCUGACCAAAGUCAGCCAUGGAUUGUGAACGCAAGCCUGGAUAUUCUAGGGAGUGUGCCAAGUAGUGCAACACUUAGUAUCGAGAUUUUCGAUAUUAACAACACAACCGUGGCCAGCGGAUUCCUGGAGAAUGUGACGACAACCGCCACGACCAUAGGCGGAAGCGUCGCCGUAGAUGGAGAAUCUUGCCAGCUGUGGUGGCCCAAUGGACUCGGACCACAGAAUCUUUAUUACUUUAAGAUAAGUGUGGUCGAUGGGGACCAGGUUCUAGCCUCGGUCACCAAACGAAGCGGGUUCAGAACGAUCGUCUUAAACAUGACUCCAAUAUCUGAGGAACAGCUUGCCCAGGGGAUAGCGCCCGGUAAUAACUGGCAUUUUGAAAUCAACGGUCACGAGUUCUAUGCGAAAGGGUCAAACUUCAUCCCUCCCGAUGCAUUUUGGCCACGGGUCACGCCAACCAGGAUGGAGCAGCUGUUCCAGUCUAUUGUAGAUGGAAACCAGAACAUGCUCCGUGUCUGGGCAAGUGGAGCCUACUCACCAGAUUUCAUUUAUGACAUUGCCGAUGAGAUGGGAGUCCUCUUGUGGAGCGAAUUCGAAUUUUCAGAUUCUUUGUAUCCUGUUGGCUCGGAGUUCCUGGAGAAUGUUCGAGAGGAGGCCAACUACAACGUCCGCAGGGUCAAUCACCACCCUUCUCUCGCCCUUUGGGCUGGAGGGAAUGAGCUAGAGAAUCUAGAACUUCAACUUGCUGCAGCGGCUGAUCCUGGAAACGACAGAUGGAGACAGGAGUACGAGGAACUCUUUUUGGACGUACUCCUGCCUGCCGUUUAUGGGAACUCGAAAUCGAUCUCCUACAUCCCAAGCAGUACCACAAAUGGAUACCUCGUACUGAACUUCUCUUUACCAAUGCCAAUGAUUGAGCGAUAUAAUAACUUGACUCCCGGAUCGAUCUAUGGUGACACUGAUCACUACGACUACGACUCAGUUGUCGCUUUCAAUCUCUCUAGCUACCCAGUUGGGAGAUUCGCCAACGAAUUCGGGUUCCACUCUAUGCCCAGUCUUCAAACCUGGCAGCAAGCAGUACCCGCAGACGAACUCUACUUCAACAGCUCCACCAUCCAACUUCGAAACCACCACUACCCUGCUGGAGGAACGUUCACCAACAAUUUUGCCAACUCAUCCAAAGGCAUGGGCGAGAUGACAAUUGCCUCGGAGCUCUACUAUCCUGUACCCUAUCAUAGUGAUCCAAUCGCCAAUUUCUCAUCCUGGUGCCACACCACCCAGAUCUUCCAAGCAGACUUCUACCGUAGUCAGAUAACCUAUUAUCGGCGUGGAUCCGGGCUACCAGAACGACAGCUUGGCUCCCUCUACUGGCAGCUCGAAGACAUCUGGCAGGCCCCAACCUGGGCCGGCAUAGAGUACGACGGCAGAUGGAAGGUCUUGCAUUACAUCUCAAAAGACAUCUACCAACCUAUCAUCAUCGCCAGCUACUGGAACUACACCACUGGCGACCUAACAGCAUACGUGACCUCCGACCUCUGGAGUCCUGCCUCAGGAGUUGCGACCUUCACAUGGUACAACUACGAAGGCAGUAUUCUCGGCCAUCCGCACACCGUCCCCUUCUCCGUCGGUGCUUUAAACACAACACAAGUAUACGCCGACAAUACCUUCACCCUACCCUUCUCUCUCAAACACGCAGUCUUAAAAAUGAGCGUCACCGCCACCGGCACACCUCCCAACACCAACGAGACCAGGGAAUACAAGCACGAAUCCUACUUCCACGACCUAUCCCUCAACGACGUCAAGCUUAUCGAUCCCGGCCUCAAACUCUCCUACUCGAAAGAGACUGGGAAUUUCACAGUCCGAGCCACGACGGGCGUCGCGGCCUGGGUAUGGCUUGAUAUCCCGGCCGGCACGCUUGCGAAUUUCAACGAGAAUGCAUUCUGGCUCUUCCCAACGGAUGGGCCGAGGGAGAUUAGCGUGAAGGUGAAGAAUGAUACGAGUGGUGGGAAGUGGGUGGAGAAGGUGACGGUGCGUAGUUUGUGGGAUAAUAAGUUACCGUAGUAGCUUGGCUGGGGCUUGACUUUAGAGAUAUUGUCUAUGAAGUUGGGAGUGUCCAAGCCCACCUCUUCAGAAAAAUAUUGUUACAAGGACACGGCCUAGUAUAAUAAAAAUACAAUGAAAUAAUCUACGCACAAAAGACGGUUAUAAAAAACAGACAAGCUUUAGUAGAAUG